AUGCCCUGCGUCGUAACGUCAACGUACCUCCAUACCAAUGUCCUACAAAUCAUAGUAACCACAAUAAUAAUAUUACAGGUUCCAUACAUCAAUGGAUCGCCGCAAAACACCUUCGUUCCAGGCUGCAUCGAGCUAGCGGAACAGCGGAAGAUCUUCAUAGGGGGCGACGACUUCAAGUCCGGCCAGACAAAGUUGAAGUCUGUCCUGGUGGACUUCCUAGUAAGCGCCGGAAUCAAACCCAAGUCAAUUGUCAGCUACAAUCACCUGGGCAACAAUGAUGGCAAGAACCUCAGCGCCCCACAGACUUUCAGGUCCAAGGAGAUUUCAAAGAGUAAUGUAGUGGAUGAUGUGGUGGAGUCCAACAAGGUGCUGUAUCCUGACAGUAAGGGCCCUGACCACUGUGUGGUGAUCAAGUAUGUGCCCCACGUGGGAGACACCAAGCGGGCCAUGGAUGAGUACUCGUCUGAGAUCAUGAUGGCUGGCACGAACACCAUCGUUGUCCACAACACUUGUGAGGACUCGCUCUUGGCUGCUCCGCUCAUCAUUGAUUUGGUCGUCCUGGCCGAGCUGUGCCAGCGGAUCCAUUUCCGUGUUGACAACCAGCCAGAUUUCCAGGCGUUCAACUCGGCCUUGUCCAUCCUGAGCUACCUGUGCAAGGCACCGGUCGUUCCAGCCGGCACUCCAGUUGUCAAUUCGCUUUUCCGCCAGCGGAGUUGCAUUGAGAACGUCCUCCGUGCAUGCAUCGGACUCCAGCCCAUCAAUCAUAUGCUGCUAGAGUACAAACACCAGUACAUCACUAAGCGUGUCGAUGCUGGGCAGGACGAGAUGGAGAUUCCAGUCGAGACCAAUGGUGAAGUCAAUGGAUGUGUUGUUUAGCGGGGUGUUGAUGACUGCUGUACGUGGUCUUGAUGAUGGAUUUACAGAUUUGUUGUUGACGAUUACUGUAUGUCGAAUUGAUGAAUUUACCGAUGCAUCAUUGAUGACUGUGGCGUUGAUGAUGGAUUUACAGAUACAUCAUUGACGACUUCUGUACAAGGUGUUGAUGAUGCAUUUACUGAUCUGUAAUUGACGACUACUGUACAUGGCAUUGAUGACAUUUACUGAUCCAUCAUUGACGACUACAUGGCAUUGAUGAUACAUAUACUGAUCCGUAGUUGAUGACUGAGGCCUUGAUGACUACUGUACAUGGCAUUGAUGAUGAAUAUUCCCUGUAUGUAUGACACACUAGUACACACAGUGUAGUAACACUGUAGUAACAAAAAAACAGUAUAGUAACAGUGCAGGAAUACAGUAACACAAUGUAACAGUAACACAGUGUAGUAACAGUGUAAUAAUGUAACAGUGGAACACAAUGUAAUACAGUGUAGUAACACAGUAUAACAAUGUAACACAAUAUAGCACAGCAUAACACACAAUAUAACAAGAGUAUAAUACAGUACAGCACAUAGUAUAACACACACUAUAAUUUAUAUCAAGACAUUAAAGGUUUUACUGGUUU